CUGCACCUGUACACAGACAUUCUGAAAUUAGCCCAUCCAACUAUUUUCUUUCUGCCAAAAUAAGACCAAUGUUCAUGUUUUAAUAGUAAUGUGUAUGAAGGGAUUCAGUUUUAUUUAAAAAAUUUAAUGUUCUUACAAUACCCUAAGUAUCUUCUGGCUGAAUGUGCCUUUUCAUAGUCCUCCUCAAUGUAAAACUACAAUGGCAGACUAAUAGAAAUCAAAAAGACAGUCUCAAAUACCAUUUCAUCAUAUCACUAAACUCAUUAAAUUGACUGAAAAAUUACAGAAUUCUCGGACACAUACUUCAAUACCCAUACAUGCUCAGAUGCUUUUGAAUAGAUUUCCUGCCUCUCCAAGGGCAUAGACCACCGACGAGAAAGGUCUGUUGAUUCACAUUCAAAAAGUACAGGAUGGUUUUAUGAGGACAUAACUAGACGGGCCAAGAGAGCAAUGACAGUUUCCGUAAAGACAAAGUGCUUGUGCAAUUUAAUACCAAUGGUGCUCUUUUUAUCCUUGAAUAAAAAAAUUAUGCACUCACUAACUGUAAGUCGCUCUGGAUAAGAGCGUCUGCUAAAUGACUACAAUGUAAAUGUAAAAGCAAGGCAUAUGUUAUUUAGGGAAGGAAGGUGCAGGGGCAGUGGGGUGAGCUAAAUGUCGUAGAAGAGAGGAAGGGCAGCAGAUUUCAAGGAGUCAAAGACCAACAAUAAGGCAGGCAGCUAUAUGUCACAACUUCUGCUCCUCCUGACCUGCAAGAUACUGAGGACAACCCAGACAAUUAGCACAAUGACAAAUAAGUAGCAUAUUAUGGAUUUUAGGAAGAAGACAGAUAAAUGAGCAGCACUAAAAUGUGUUGCAUCCCAUUAUUUUACAUUUUAGUCAUUUAGCAGACGCUCUUAUCCAGAGCGACUUACAGUUAGUGAGUGCAUACAUUUUUUUUUGUUUUUUUGUUAUCUCUAGCCUGUAUUUAAUGUGUCCUCGGGUAGACUCAUGAUUCUUUCAGCUUGAGUGCACUGCAGUCAAAAGGCACCAGCACUCAUGUUGAUUAUGAAGGCUUUAUGGGGUAGUCACUAACUGUCCUUGUCUUGACUGUACACAAUUUAAAAACUCAUUUUGAGUUCAUUUCAACUCAUAUUGAUGCACUGCCAAUUCAUAUAAAAUAGUAUAAAAUGUGUUUUAAGUGAGGGAAUACAUACAUUAUUUUGUUUUCCACAUUUAAAAUGACAUGUCAGUUGUUGAGACCUUGCUUUUUCAAUUACAUCUGCCAUUGUUUAGGCCACAUGUGCCUCUGUGGGUUGGGCUUCCUCUCUUUGUUGAGGGGCUGUUGUUAGUGAUGCAGGACCAUGGAUGGAAAGCCCACCAUCUGUCCUUCAUACUGACACCUUUGUUCUGCAGACACAUACUUGUCAUGAUGACCUCACCCACCGCCAGUAAAUCACUUUUGGUCGGCUGAAACAUGUAAACCAGCAAUUUUACACUGGCAGUUGCCAAUUUCUGUGUGAUAAGAUUUGCAACGCUAGCCUGUUGUACUAUUCUCAGUCAGUGGUAUUCAUGUGGCACAUGUCAAGUUUGUUUCUUUUCUAAGUGUUCCUUUAUCCUAAAGAAAAUAAGCUUGAGAACUUUAAUUUGAUAAAAUGUUGAAUGAUGGCUAUUUGGUGGUGGCUCAUUAUAACUGUCUUAAUAAUUAAAUCACUCCACAUACUGUAAAAUGUAAUGUAAAUGUAGAGCUGUGAUUUACUUCAGGAAUAAUGCCGCGUUCAUGCGCUAGUCGGAACUAGCAAACUCGGAAAUUUCCGAUUUGCUAACUGGUUGAACGCGGCACGUGUCUAACUACAACCAGUUGCAAAUCGUACAUUUCCAAGUUUCCUAAUUCCGACUAGCACUUGAACGCGUACUCUAACAAACAAAGAACACUCUGGUAUUAGGUUAUGAAUAUUCAACCACCCUUUCCUGUCCGUCGCUGCGGGUGACGCCCAAUCAGCCUGGAACUGUGUUAAAGGGACAGGAAGUGCGAGUUAGCCAGAGCUCGAAAGGAGAAGAUUACUGUUGUUUGGCGUCAACGGCUGUUGCAUGUUGUUCGUCGGAGAUGUGCUUUUCAUUCCUGAAUGUGGUGAUUUAUAACGACUAAAACUAAAAGUAUUGCAUUUGUUUGAGAAAAAAAAAGGUAUAACGAUGAACGGUAAAUCCGCGAACGGCACAGCGGGCGGAACACUGGCCUCCAUUGAGGGGCUACCCCCACUGCCAAAGAGCCUAAGCGGCUUGCUGAAUUCAAGCGGCGGGUCUUGGAGAGAGAUGGAGAGGAUGUAUGCAAAGAAAACCAUGAUCCAAGACGACCUUAGCCGUGGGCGAAACAAUUCAGACAACCUGCUUGCAAAUAAACCGGCCAACCUUGAUGCGGCUUUAGCACUCCUCCGAAAAGAAAUGGUGGGAUUGCGUCAGCAGGAUAUGUCUUUGCUGUGUCAGCUCUGGUCCCUCCAUGAGUCAAUCCAAGAGUACAAGGGCAGUUGCCAGGACCUCAGCGUCGGGCACGGGAUAGAGAACGGCUACUUUGACGAAGAUGAUGAAUACUACCAGGAGACCAGCACAACACCAACUGACCAACCGGAGGGAAGUGAGGCAACAUCUCCCAAAAAUGGGACUAGCAAGGACUCCUGGCUACAAGACUCUUUCCACAUCACCAUCUGAGAGACCCAAGAGCUGAGCUGUUUGCUCCUAAGUUAGACUCUACACGUUUGAGGCAAUAGGCUUUUUAUAAAGAGCUGUGCCAUGCAUUGAGUUUUGCUGGCUUAUAGUCCUUUUUCAGCAGACCUCUUUCAUAUAAAUAUAUACAAAAGUUCAUUAUUUAUUAUAAAUGUUUUUUCCCCCUAUUACUAUGGACAUUUCAAGUUUUCUAUGAUUGGGUUGUGAGUACUUCCAAGCUCUGUGUCAUCUUCACAAUGUUUACAGGGUUGAAAUUCCAGAGACUGGGACAGUCUUUAUAAACAAAAUAGAUGGGAUUCCUGUCCCUGCAAUCAGGGGAGGAAAUCAACUUUUAGAUGGUGUGUAGUGUCAACGGAGACUGGUUUGUGUUGCUUAGGCUGGAGAAAAGUAUAAAAUGCUGGAAACUGCUUACUUCUGGAAUGGUUUUAAAACCAGGGGUAAGUAAGCAUGUGCUUCUCAGAAGCCCUGUCUAUGGUGUGCAGACGCUGUGCUUCUCAGAAGCCCUGUCUAUGGUGUGCAGACGCUGUGCUUCUCAGAAGCCCUGUCUAUGGUGUGCAGAUGCCAUACUGUGCUGUGGCUCUCCAUACUUUUUCAGUUAAUAGUUCAAUGAGACUGGGAAGUUUGCAUUGUUGAAUUAAGUACAGUUGCUUCCAUCAUAAACCUUUGUUUUCAAUUAACAACUCAAUACAAGGUACCCAUUACGAAUUCAUAGUAUGUUGACCCCACUAGGACAUGCAUUUAGUGCACGUAUGGCAAUGUUGACCAUAGUCUUCCAUAGCCAACUGACCCCUAUCUUGAGUCUCUAUGUGCACUCAACAUUUAGCUGCAUAGACUGUAUCAAAAUAAUUUAAGCUAGAAGUGCAUUCUUGAAAGAAAUUUUGCUUGUGUAUCCUUUGACAAUUUUGUGUGUAAACUGGUCCAUAAUUAAUGUGCUUGUGGUACGCAAACCAAAGAGUAUAAUUGACGCACAUUUGCUGAAAUGUAUUGGGUUUUAGGAAUGAUACUGUAAAAUGCAAUGUUCUUCCAGAUGAUAUAGUCUGUUUUCUCGCCGAACAAUGUACGACAAUAUAUCAAGAAUGUUUUGUAAUACAGGAGGUUGAUCUGUUGAGACGUACGUUUUCUUCACCGAUUCAAUGCAAUUUGACAAUAUACACACCAGAGGAUGUUUGGAGGUCAUAUACAGCAUGCUUUCAAAAUGGGGAGUUGAAAGAAAAUGUUCACGGUACCUUCUAUGCCUCAAUGUGAGUGAUGAUCAUGUACUGAAUUUUCUACCUCCAGCUUCACGGUAAAUGUAUAUUACCGCCACCAGCCCCACAUUGAACAUUUGUAUUUAAACAGAACACUAAACAAAUCUCCACACUUAGUGCCUUUUUAGGUCUCAGACCUUGGCUAUUGCUGUUGUCUGUCCCUUCAACUCACAGCACUUUUCUCAAUCUGGUCAUGUCUUUCGGAUGGUCUCAUGGCAAACACGUAGUACACCGCAUACUGUAACUCCAGCACAGUUACUUGUUCAAUUCCCACCUAAAAGGAAACCUAAUGUUUCUUCACCAGUGUCAUUAAUCCAGGUAUGAAAUGUACACAACAGCAUCCUGAUUAGUUCCUUUUUCAUGUGGCAAUAUAUAUCCAGAUGGAUAUAGUCUUGAUUUCAUCCAAUCAGAAAGCUGUGUUCUUGUACCACAGUGUCAUCUCGAUUUGUUGGCUCUGAAUCAGAAUCUACAGACCUAAAGGAGUCAAUAUAGGCCUCAAGCCAAGAAAAUGUAACCUGAAUUUCAGUCCAGUGGCAAGGUCAAGAUGGAUGAAUCUGUCAUCAAAGGAGUAAUAUAUGAAUCUGUGGAGGAUAAAAAUAAAAAAGUAUAUUUCAUUGUUUCCUCAGAUACAUAACUCACUGAGUAUUUGAAGGGUUUGUUUUGUUUCAAUCCAUUCCUCAUGUUUGUUAUUUUUCAGUGAAUGACCAUACUACUGUUUUUGGAAGAUUGUUAUGCUCUCUUAUGUGAUAGCUAUAAUUAUGGAUUUAAUAAAAUGACUUGAUACUCAGA